AUGUUCAAAGGCAACAAACCCUCACCACCUGAGAUUAUCCCAGGCGGAUGGAGGUUGCCCGCGGCCCGCUCAGGUCCCGCCACAGGGAGCGAGGAACCUGAGAACAAGCCGCGUUGGAUUGCAGGAAAACAACACCUGCUGGCGCGAGUGUGUGCACCGGGCAACCCGCGCCUCGCGCACUCGAAUACAGUCACGUGCGGCAAUGACCACAUCCGGACAGCGCUGGGCUCCCCGAAGAUUGUAUUUCCCGGGGGUGCCGAAGCCGUCUCAGUUUUGGUUCGGAGGAAACUGAGCCACAAAGAGGCCCAAGAAAUCCAGGCCCGUGGUCUCCGUGCCCACGUUGGUGGCCUGAGCUGGAAUCUGCACCGGGGCAUCUGCCCCGCUGUGCUUUAUGCGCCCCCUGCUCUCUGCAGAGCGGUGAAGCUGUCCCUGAAGAAGCCCACUUCCGCUGUGUGUGUGGCGGGAGUCGAGACGCUGGUGGACAUCCACAGUGAUGUGCCCAAGGGCGCCAAGAACUUCGACGUCUCUGGGAGCUCCAAGUUGGAUAUCUUUGUGGCCUACGAUUCCACUCGGGUGACAGAGCCUGCGGGCAAGGCGCCCUGGCCCCUGGACACCAGUGUGGAGGUCAUCGUUUCUGCAGACAAAGCCAGUAAGGACUUCAAUGACCUCGAGGUGAAGGUGGCCUACUUCGGGGCGGAGGGGGGCGAGGCCCUGGGCCGCAGCGUGCUGCUCCUCACCUGCGUGGACGUUUCCCUGGACGUUGACACUGACCGCGUGGGCAAGGUCAGGAGAAGCGGCCGUGACAAGAAAACCUGGCGCUGGGGCCCUGAGGGCCACGGGGCCAUCCUGCUGGUUAACUGUGACAAGGACAGUGACAACUCUGUGGGGCCUGACCUGCAGAACAGCCGGCUGAUGUCCCUGGAGGACCUGCAGGACAUGUCCCCCCUGGUGCUCAGCUGCGACGGCCCCGACGAGGUCUUCCGCAGCCACAGGCUGGUCCUGGAGGCGCCCUGGCCGGACGCCAGGCGGCUGCGGGUCUUCUGCGCGCAGGGUGAGUGGUGCUGGUCCCCCCUUGCCACCGCGAGGGGAGGAGGCGCGGGUAGCCCACUUCACAGAGAGGGAGACUGAGGCCCAGAUGCACUGUGGCUUCACCUCCUCCCCCUGUCUCCUCCUGUCCCCCAGACCCUGCCGGAGACGCCCCUCUUCACAGACACCGUGGCCUUCCGCGUGGCCCCCUGGAUCAUGACCCCCAACACCCAGCCCCCUCUGGAGCUCUACGUGUGCAGUGUGAUGGACGCUUACGGCUCCAAUAAGAAGUUUCUGGACGACAUGGCCCACCUGGCCUCCAAAGCCAACUGCAAGCUGGUCAUCUGCCCGCGGGUGGACAAUCGGAACGACCGCUGGAUCCAGGACGAGAUGGAGUUUGGCUACGUCGAGGCCCCUCACAAGUCCUUCCCCGUGGUCUUGGACUCUCCCCGGAACAGGGGCCUGCGGGACUUCCCCAAGAAGAUCCUGGGUCCUGACUUUGGAUAUGUGACCCGGGAGAUCCUGUACGCCGGCCCCUCGGGCCUGGAUUCCUUCGGCAACCUGGACGUCAGCCCUCCCGUCACCGUGGGCGGCCGGGAGUACCCCCUGGGCCGGAUCCUCGUUGGCGACUGCUUCCCCAAGUCGGUCGGGCGGCGGAUGGCCAAGGUGGUGCGUGACUUCCUGUGGGCCCAGCAGGUGCAGGCGCCUGUGCAGCUCUACUCGGACUGGCUCUCCGUGGGCCACGUGGACGAGUUCCUGAGCUUCGUGCCCACUUCCGACCAAAAGGGCUUCCGGCUGCUCCUGGCCAGCCCCAGCGCCUGCCUCAGACUGUUCCAAGAGAAGAGAGACCAGGGCCAUGGGGAGGCGGCCCAGUUUGAGGGGUUAAAAGACCAGGCCAAGAGGAGCAUCAAUGACAUGCUGGCCGACAGACACCUCAGGAGUGACAGCCUCUACGUACAGAGGUGCAUCGACUGGAACCGCGAGGUGCUGAAGCGGGAGCUGGGCCUGGCCGAGGCGGACAUCGUGGACAUCCCCCAGCUCUUCUCCCUGCAGGGCACCCGCGCCGAGGCCUUCUUCCCCGACAUGGUGAACAUGGUGGUCCUGGGCCAGUACCUGGGCAUCCCCAAGCCCUACGGGCCGGUCAUCGACGGCCGCUGCUGCCUGGAGGAGGAGGUGCGCGCCCUGCUGGAGCCGCUGGGGCUGCACUGCGUCUUCGUGGACGACUUCCUGUCCUACCACAAGCUGCUCGGCGAGGUCCACUGCGGCACCAACGUGCGCCGGCAGCCCUUCGCCUUCAAGUGGUGGCACAUGGUGCCCUGAGCCCGCCCCGCGGCCCCCUCGGCCUUCCUGGGGGGACGCCACCAGGGUGACGAUAAGGACCAGGCAGCGCUGCGUCCCCUGAGGAGCCUCUGUGCCGCCCCCCGCCCUGCCAGGGUGCUGGCCACCGCGGCAGGAGCCUCAGGGGCGGACACCACCCUUCCUGGCCCUGGAGAGACCCACCAGCCCGAGGACCGGCCUCCUCCCCCCCAGCCCCCUGCCGCGGCCCCCAGAGGUUCUGGAGAAGGCGGGCAGCCUCGGCAUGCUGGAGAAGAGCUGCGACGGCCUCGGCGGGCGGCCACUCUGAGUGCUCCCCUCUACUCGGACGCCUCCCUGGGGCACCAGAGUGGCUUUGUGCCCACAUGUCCCGGGCUCUGCCCCCAGGACCCUGGUUUUGAGUCUCCUCUGGCUCAUGCAAGACCAGGAAGGGAGGUCCAAAGUGUCCUCUUUCCCAGGGGACCCAGGCUGUGAUCCCCAGCGCCCUGCAGGUGUACGUAGGCAGACAGGGACCGGAAAACCCAGUGGCCAGGGCCUGUGAAACAAACAAACAAACAACAAUAACAACAAAAGCAAGCCACAGAGACUCUUUAAUGCCCAACUCCGUCCUCAGAAGGUGCUCGUUACUGUGCCCAGAGCCUUUAAUUAGGAGAGCAGGCCACUUCCGGCUGCAAAGUGCUGGAAGGCAAAGUGAGGCCUGGGGAGGCCAGUGAAGAAGGCCUGGGCAGGGGGUUGAGGCCAGAGUGGCAGAGGAGGCUGGGCAGCGAUCUCGGGCCCGGGGCAUGGGGCUCCUGGGCUUUGGAUUUUGGACUCUGAAUCUGAAGGCAGUUGGGUGUUCCAGAUGUGGCAGGGGGUGGGGGACCAUGAGGUUAUCUCUGAGGGUGCGGCUUAAUUUCCUUUAAUAGACUUAAUUAUUCCCCUCCGCUCUGCGGGCAGUGGGAGGGGAAGGCUCGCCCGCUCUCCCUCAGUGACCAGGGACCCUGCAUGUGCCUUGGGUUUUGCCAGUGAGUAAGCCCCUGUGGCAGGAGGAAGGACCAAGACGCCAUGUGAGGCUAAUAGCCCUGGUGAGGUCACAGGCGUGUGGGGGCAGGCUGGGCCGGCUGGGCUGCAGGCGCGGCGGGAGGGAGCCGGCAGCCUGCCCUCCUGCCCCCACCGGCCAUAGGACCGGGGGCUGUGGGCCUGGCCUUCUGCCACAUGGCUCGUGUGGCCUGGAGCUCCUUGGGAACAAAGGCACCUGGAGCUGCCGUGGCUAAUGUGGGUGGGUGGGAACCUGGAUCCUCCCCUUCCAGAAGGUUCCGUGGAGCCCCAUCUGCAAGCUCCCGCUCCUACCGGAGCACGCUCUUCUGUGAUGGUGACCAGCUGAGGCUGAGCCAGGAAGGAAGGGGCAGCUCUUCAGGGCUGAGGGUGUGAGGCCGGGUCAGGAGUCCCUGGGAAAGAGCCCUGGAGGGAGGGAGGAGGGAGGAGCCCAGGGAGGUGAGCCUCGGGAGCCACGCUGAGUGUGGGGCUCUGGAGUCGCUGCCAGGGCUUGGGGGUCCUGGUGUCUGGUCUAAGAACGCUCGGGUGGCCAGUCACCUCUCGGAUCAAUAAAAAUGUCAACGUGCAUUUCGUGA